AUGACAGAAGAUUAUAUUCCAACACCUGAAUAUAAAAUUAAUCCUGAAUUACAUGGAAAUGUUUAUCCUCCGUCGGAAGACACAUUUUUGUUGAUUGAUGCUUUGUCAAAAGAAAAAGAUGUAAUAAUUUCACUAAAUCCGUUAAUUUGUUUGGAAAUUGGCUGCGGUUCUGGAAUUGUGUCAUGUUUUUUACAAAAAUUAUUGAAAAAUAAUUUAUUGACAAGUAAUUUAAAAUUAUCUUCAAUACAAAAAUCUUGCAUUAAAGAAAUUCAAAUAAAUACACCAAAAACAGGAACAAUUACCUCAAAUAAAAUAACUCUUCAUUUAAAGCCGGUUGGCAACGCACCUCAACUAAGAAAAGAAUUUACAAAGUAUAAAGUUGACCCGAAUUGGACGAUAUUUAAUUUACAACAAACUCUAAAAAAACUCUUAGGUGUUAAAACUGAUCCUAUUUAUCUUUUUAUUAAAGAAGCAUUUGCUCCAAGUCCAGAAAGCACUAUUAGUUCUCUAUAUCAAUGUUUUGGGACUGACGGUGGAAUUUUGUAUAUUCAUUAUGGUUUAACACCAGCAUGGGGAUGA